AUGCGGCUCCUUCGUAUUACUUUGUUGUGGCUGUCCGCGGCUGUGCUGGUUUUCUCGCAGUGCUGCAAAGCUGCCGGCGAAGAAAGCGGUGCGGCAUCACCAGGGGUGCAAGAAGCGGGAGAGCCAAGUGCGCCUACUCUGCAGGAGAUCCUCGACUCGACCUCGCGAUUUACUCAGUGGCGACGGAUGCCGAUGGCGUACGAGUACAUCAAUUAUCUCAGCUUCGACAGGGUCUCAAAACUGCUCUCAACUUUCGCUCGCGAUCAGGAUGCGCACCUUGAUCCGCAUCUGCCCUUCUAUGGUCGCAUCCCAUUGUUCUCAGUCGGAACACCACCUUCGGUCGUCGAACAAGCCUUGAGAGACUAUGGCACCGUCGGAAUCUUCGACUCCGUCCGGGGUGAGGCGAUGCAGAUCUACCGCGAUGAAGGCCAUCUCUCGCAGCAAACGUUUCCCGACUUGCACAAGGUUCUCACCGUCUUUCGACUGCCCGGCAAGAUUCACGAGGUCAAAAAAGCGGUCUUCGGCCAAUCCUUCCGGCCCAUUGCCAUGGAUAACGUCGAUGAGGUACCGCAUGCCAAAGGUCUACCCAUCUUACUUCCGAAUCACGACUCGGUUGCUCAUAUGAUAGCGGCAUCGAAUCAAGAUCGCAGAGCGUUUUUGCUUCCACAGCCUCGAAACACAUUCAUGGUCAUCAACCCUCGAACCGACGAUCUCGCCAGCUUCCCCAGCGCCGAAAUUACCGUCGAGAUCAAUCGAGUCCGCAACGCCUAUCAUUCCGACACGCAGGCCUACGGUAGAGCACUCGCAUCGCUCAAAUGGGGUCGCUCUCUAGACCGCAUCCCGGAAUUGACGCAUUUCCGAAGCACGCCCCCUUCACUCGGACAAUAUCAAAGGUUCAGGUCUAGUACUGCAACGAGAGAUCAAAUGAUAAGCGCGUUGCACGAUCAUGGACGAUUCCGUCUUUACCUUGAUCAGCCAGGCCAGCCGGACAUUGCCUAUAGAGUAAAGUUGACGUUGCGAGACUCGGAAUGCAGCGUCGGAGUGUCUCCCGGAAUGAUCGGAAGUCGAUACAUCAUUACGGUUGAAUGUAUCCAGAUGAAGGUUGAUAGCGUCAAAGGCUCCAACGGCUCCGUUGUCCAGGGCGUUGAAGCUUCAGAUUGUGACGUCGCCCGGCUGCAAACGCGUGACAAGGAAGGAGUUCCAACCGAUGGAAAGCGCAAAUAUGAACAGCCACAGGCGUCCACGAUGGCUACGUCAUCUCAACUCGACCCGAACUCCCCGACUUCCCCCUAUGACCUCUCACCAGUCUCCUUCGAUGACAUCAUGCAAGGUCGUUUCCAACCAAUUUCCGUAUCCCAAACGACGCUCCAGCAGAUCCUUGAGGGCCAAAACGAUCCUUACACACUCCUCUUUUCCGACCAGCCCCGACACGAUUGGGCGCCCAUCAUCGAGCUCACUCACCCGCGUCCUUUCCGAUCUCUGAACGCUCUGAUGCACCGCUACAAGCAUCUUCACAUCUAUAGACGUUCCCCCACCCCCGCCAAUCCCUAUACAUAUGACUCUAUGAUCCUCCUUAUGCGAAGACCAGAUCGACCACCUGGAAUUCUCAUCUCUCCCGGUUCAAGAAUCGUUGGUCUCAACGAGAGGAUCGUUGAGAUAGAACGCAUUCGACGCAGGUAUGGCUCUGAAGUGGCGUGGGCUCGAUUCCAAAAGCUUUUCACGCCAUCCGAAGAGGCGGAAGAGGCAAGAGAAGGAAGCAGCAUGUGGCCGGAGAUCAUCAGCUCCCAAUUCGUUCCGGUGUUUGAUGGGGAUGGAAGAUCGGUGAGAGAUCAUUUAGAUAGGUACAGGAUGGGAAAGUUCUUGAGUCUGGACGGGACGCAUGUGUUGGGAAUCAGGAUCGAUCGGCAGGGUGUAGCUGAUCAUUUCGAGCAGGCCUUGAACGAAGGUAUUCCGCAUCUGUGA